AUGGAUGCAACCUUUUCUUUAACGCUUAUAGAAGCUAUCUUGAUUUUGCUGGCUAUAGCAAUUUCUAAGGCUAUCAGAUUAAUCUCUCCGCUUCCUGAUAGUUGUAAAGAUGCUGUUGAUUCGAUUCCCACGGUUUCUUCUCCUUCUAAUAUCAUUGUUGCUCCUUCUGCGACCAAAUAUGACGUCUUUCUUAGCUUUAGAGGGGAAGAUACUCGUGACGCUUUCUCAAGUUAUCUCUAUGAAGCACUUCGCGAAGCUAACAUUCAUACUUUUAUGGAUCACAAGCUCCACAAAGGAGAUCAUAUCUCAUCUAUUCUCUUGAAAACAAUAGAAGAAUCAGAGAUAUCUUUGAUUAUUUUCUCCAAAGAUUAUGCUUCUUCAACUUGGUGUAUGGAUGAGCUCUUUCAUAUUAUGAAAUGUAAGGAUAAAUACGGAAGGCUUGUCAUCCCAAUUUUCUUCCAGGUAGAUCCAUCAAAUAUUCGCAAACAGAAUGGGAGUUUUGGAGAUGGGUUUGCUAAGCUCAAGCAGAGAUUUAAGCACAACCAAGAAAGAGUGCAGAAGUGGGAAAAUGCUUUGAUCAAAGUAGCAAGUCUAUUUGGGUGGGAUUCAAAAAAUAUCAGGCCUGAAGCUAAACUUGUCAAAAAGAUUGUCAAAGAUAUUUUGAGCAAAUUGAAUCGCAAGUCGUCCUUUCAUGUGGAAGGACUAGUUGGAAUUGAUCAUCAGAUUCAGGAAGUUGAAGAGCUACUGAGUGAAGCUCACAUUGUGGGAAUAUGGGGUAUGGGUGGUAUAGGCAAGACCACUCUUGCUAGUGCCGUAUUUGAGAGGUUGAGAGCAGAGUUUGAAGCUUCCUGCUUUGUUGAAGAUGUAAGAAACUGCUGGAAAAGAAUGGUGGCUUGA